GGCCAGGAAUUGGCGGCGCCGCUUCAGCCAUUUCCGGUUUCGGGGAGGUGGGUGGGGUGCGGAGCGGGACUUGGUGCUGCCGCUGCUGCCACCGCCUACAGAGCCUGCCUUGUGCCUGGUGCUGCCGGGACGAUGCGGCCGGGGCCUGGAGGCUGCUGCUGUCGUCGCCCAGUGCGGGCGAACGGCUGCGUUGCGAACGGGGAAGUGAGGAACGGGUACGUGAGGAGCAACGCUGCUGUCGCCGCUGCCGCUGCCGCCGGCCAGAUCCAUCAUGUUACACAAAAUGGAGGACUGUAUAAAAGACCAUUUAAUGAAGCUUUUGAAGAAACACCAAUGCUGGUUGCUGUACUUACUUAUGUGGGAUAUGGCGUACUCACCCUCUUUGGAUAUCUCCGUGAUUUUUUGAGGCAUUGGAGAAUUGAAAAGUGUCACUAUGCAACAGAAAGAGAGGAACAAAAGGACUUUGUGUCUUUGUAUCAGGACUUCGAAAACUUCUAUACAAGAAACCUCUACAUGAGGAUUAGGGACAACUGGAAUCGACCAAUCUGCAGUGUGCCUGGAGCCAAAGUGGACAUCAUGGAGAGACAGUCUCAUGACUACAACUGGUCAUUCAAGUACACAGGGAAUAUAAUUAAAGGUGUUAUAAACAUGGGUUCCUACAACUAUCUUGGUUUUGCACGAAAUACUGGAUCAUGCCAAGAAGCAGCUGCCAAAGUCCUCAAGGAGUAUGGAGUUGGAGUAUGCAGCACUCGACAGGAAAUUGGAAACCUGGACAAGCAUGAAGAGCUAGAGAAGCUUGUGGCAAGUUUCUUGGGAGUAGAAGCUGCUAUGACAUAUGGCAUGGGAUUUGCAACCAAUUCAAUGAACAUUCCUGCUCUUGUUGGCAAAGGCUGCCUGAUUCUGAGUGAUGAACUGAACCAUGCAUCACUCGUUCUAGGAGCAAGACUGUCAGGAGCAACCAUUCGAAUCUUCAAACAUAACAAUAUGCAGAGCCUAGAGAAGCUACUGAAAGACGCCAUUGUUUAUGGGCAGCCCCGGACGCGAAGGCCCUGGAAGAAAAUUCUAAUCCUUGUAGAAGGAAUAUAUAGUAUGGAGGGAUCCAUUGUUCGCCUUCCUGAAGUGAUUGCCCUUAAGAAGAAAUACAAAGCAUACUUGUAUCUAGAUGAAGCUCACAGCAUUGGGGCCCUGGGCCCUACAGGUCGAGGUGUGGUAGAUUACUUUGGCCUGGAUCCUGAAGACGUGGACGUCAUGAUGGGAACAUUCACAAAGAGCUUUGGUGCUUCUGGAGGAUACAUUGGGGGCAAGAAGGAGCUGAUCGACUAUCUGCGAACACAUUCUCACAGUGCAGUGUAUGCCACGUCACUGUCGCCACCUGUGGUGGAGCAGAUCAUCACCUCUAUGAAGUGCAUCAUGGGGCUGGAUGGCACCAGCCUUGGCAAAGAGUGUGUGCAGCAGUUAGCUGAGAACACCAGCUAUUUCAGGAGACGCCUGAAAGAGAUGGGUUUCAUCAUCUACGGAAAUGAAGAUUCUCCAGUGGUGCCUUUGAUGCUCUACAUGCCAGCCAAAAUCGGCGCCUUUGGACGGGAGAUGUUGAAGCGGAACAUUGGUGUGGUGGUGGUGGGAUUUCCUGCCACCCCUAUUAUUGAGUCCAGAGCCAGGUUUUGCCUAUCUGCAGCUCAUACCAAAGAAAUACUUGAUACUGCUUUAAAGGAGAUAGAUGAAGUUGGGGACCUGUUGCAGCUGAAGUAUUCCCGCCGUCGGUUGGUACCUCUCCUGGACAGGCCCUUUGAUGAGACUACAUAUGAAGAAACAGAAGACUGAGCCUUUUUGGUGCUCCCUUAAGGAACCUUCCUCCCCCAGGACAGUGUGUGGCCUUUCUGAGCCAGUUCCAGGAACCACACUUCUGUGGCCAUCUCUUGUGAAAGACGUUUCCUCAGCUACUGAAGGUGGCCACCUCCACUUUAAACGGCAUUUUGUAAAUAGUAAAAAACUCCUUCACAUCCUUCCUUUGCUGCAUCUCACCUUUAAAAAGAAAGGUGGCUCACUUUGGUUUUUUUCCAUUAAAA